UUUUCCUGCCUCUCUUCCACAGUGCGCGUGGGCUAUUGAGGAAAUAGGAAACAAGGGACUCUGGUUGUAAGGGAGUUUCCUGCAAGACGUUAUAAAGGGCUGUGCCUGCUGCUGAGCCAGUGUCACAGUGUUGGUGUGAAGGUGAAUGCCAGCUCCUCGUCCCUCUGACUGCUGACUGAACACAGACUCAGGGGGGGUCUGAAGGCAAAGCGGCACGCUGUGUUUCUCGUCCCUGCUGGUCGGGGUACGAGUAGGGAGCUGGUCUCACCUAACGGAUGUGUCCGGGACACUCCAGUUUAUUUAUUAUACCAGCUAAAACCAGAUCCAGGCGAGCCUGAUGGAAGUAUUGGGGGUCUACAGAGUGGACAGAGGGCAGACCGUGCGGGCUGAGGGAUACGUGAAGGAGUUCACUCGCCACUCCAACGAUGUGCUGCUGAACCUGAACGAGCUGCGGCACAGGGGCAUCCUGACCGACACCACCCUGGUGGUCGGCAGCGUCCAGAUGCAGGCGCAUUGCGCCGUGCUUGUGGCCUGCAGCGGGUUUUUCUACUCCCUGUAUUCCCACCGGGUGAUGCUUCAGGGCCGUGGUGGCGGCAGCAGGGAGCCGCUCAGGACCGUGUCUCUCCCCAGCAGCCUGGAUCCGUCCUGCGUCUCCCUGCUGCUCGACUUCAUGUACACCUCCCGCCUGCCCCUGACUCCAAGCAUUGUCUCUGGCGUGCUGGCCGCGGCCGCCUAUCUGCAGAUGGACCAUGUGGCGGACACAUGCAGGGGCUUCAUGCAGCUGCACUGCACAGAGAACGUGAGUGCCAGACACCCGCGGAUGGAGCUGGACUCCAGCGUCUCUGUCACCUCUGCUUCCCCUAAAGGGGGGGAACUGCCCGGUCCAGGACCCCAGCAGUCCCUCCCAGCAGCUGCAGACAGAAGGUUCCCUGUUGUUGCAGAAGGCUUUCUCAAGCCAGGGGCUUUCCCGCCCUGCCAGCCUGGGUCAGACGAGGUGAAAGAACAUCCUGACUCACCCGUCCUGAACGCCCGGACUUUAUCCCCAAACAGCCCAGACUGCUCCAGCUGCCAUCCCAACUCUCCUGCCGAGUCCAGCACCUGCAGCAAAAACCCAGAGAUUGAAACCAAAGCCACACCAGACCCGAAGGCCUGCAACUGGAAGAAGUACAAGUACAUUGUCCUGAACCCUCUCUGCACCGCUGCUGCUGCGGUGAAAGUAGAGGAGUCAGAGGAGGUUCAGUGUCAAGAUUUGGCUCUCAAAGCUCCAACAGAGGCGUGGUCUGGAGAAGUGCCUGGUCAGAUUGAUAGACAGGGGCAGGCCUCCUGCUACGAGGGUUCUGGCCGAGCCCCUCCCCUCGGGCCGCCUCCCUCUCUGGAUCUCCCAAAAGGCUCUGCCUCCCACAAGAAGGAGCCAGUCUCACCUGGCACCAUUAUCCCUAAACUUCUUCCAUCUGAUCCGGAAGCUGCCCAACUUGGCGAACCUCCAAUCAAAUGCGAGAAUCGCUACCUGCCCUUUGCUUACUCUGGUUCUCUGCAGGGAACCAAAUCUGUGUGCUCAGGAGACAAGCCAUACCGCUGCAACGUGUGUGGAGCUCAGUUUAACCGACCAGCCAACCUGAAAACUCACACCCGCAUUCACUCAGGAGAGAAACCGUACCGCUGCGACACCUGUGGAGCUCGAUUUGUUCAGGUUGCCCACCUCCGGGCCCACGUCCUGAUCCACACCGGUGAGAAACCCUACCCCUGUCACACCUGUGGAACCCGCUUCCGCCACCUGCAGACGCUCAAGAGCCAUCUGCGCAUCCACACCGGAGAGAAACCUUACUCCUGUGAGAAGUGCGACCUUUACUUCCGACACAAGAGCCAGCUGCGUCUGCACCUACGGCAGAAACACGGAGCCAUCACCAACACCAAGAUCCGCUACAAGGUGCUGACCGAGCCCUUCCAGCCUCUUCUGCAGGCCUGCUGAGGAGCGCUGAUCGCUGCAUGCCGGAUCACAUGGGCUGUAACUAAAUCUGUCAGAAAAUGAUUCACCUGACUCUUAAUUGACUUACAAAGAGCUGAAAGUUAGAUCUUGGCGUUAAAAUUGCUGCAGACGUUACUUUCACAACAUUACGGCCACCUUUAUCGAACCACGUCUGGGCCGUAUGGGACACGCAUUUUGUCAGAAAUGUUGGGUGAAUGUUGAUAAAGGAAGAGGGAAAGAAAAGGACUCAAGUAAAGUGUUGAUGAAGGAUUGUGAGGAGAUGUAAAGGCAGGAAGAAAGCAAGAAAAAGGUGUGUUGAUAAAAUUUUGUAGAAAGAUAUUGGAUGUGGAAAGAAGAAAGAAAAACGCAUGUGUAUUACGGAGGUGGUGAGUGAAGGUUCUUGAAUGUAGAGAAGCACUUCAUGAGUUGUUUUCAUAAAAAUGUAUUUAACCUGACGGCCUGGGGCCUCUAUAUUGUUUUUUAAGCAUCUAUAAGAAGUAAUUUAUGCUCUUAGAGUUCAAACCAGACUAAAGGGAUUAGUUCUCUUGUACUGAAUAAAGACUAGAAUAAACUUAAAUCAUGUUAUUGAUGGCGGCAUUUAAAUGAAAUGUUUUGAAGCCACUUAAAUUUGUAUGAGUUCAUUUGCAGGACAAAUUUGAAAUAAAAUAAUUUUUUUAUCAUU